AGACGAGGGUGACUAGGGAUGCACGGCAUGCAUCAUACGUUGACAAAUCAUGAGAAGCAAGUGGUGCUGAACGUGUACGACAUGGUGUGGCUCAACGAGUACACGGCGUGGGCUGGUGUGGGUGUAUUCCACUCGGGACUUGUCAUCGACGACACCGAGUACGCGUAUGGCGGUCACGAGUUCGAGUCGUCCGGCAUCUUUACCGUCUCGCCCGGCACUGCGCCGGGGUGCGAGCUGCGGACGUCGAUCCUGCUGGGUGCGACCCGGUUGGACAACACGGAGAUCAGGCGGCUGGUUGACGACAUGGGGCGUGAGUUCCUCGGCUCCGAGUACAACCUGCUCUCGCGCAACUGUAAUCACUUUGCCGACGCCUUUGCCCGCCGCCUAAUUGGACAAGGCAUUCCCGGCUGGGUCAACCGUCUGGCUACGAUCGGCACCUGGUUUCCGUGCCUCCUCCCAGCGUCGCUGGUCCCGCCGACGCCGGAGAGCGCCGGCGUCGACGGAGGCUUUGUUGCUUUUGCCGGCGAGGGCCGCGCGCUCCGGGCCGGCGGCUCGGACGCGCCAGCACCGUCGGCGUCGGGCGGGGCUGCCAGCAGCGCCGCCGAUGCCGACGAGCGAGCGCUGAUGCGCGAGCGCGCCGCUGCUGCUGCCGCCAAGCGGUGGGGAGCUUCGUGA